AUGGCAUUAUUAAGGGAGGCCUUCCAAUCAACUGGAAUUUCACCUUUGAUAGGCGAAACAUUUGUCCUAUCUUCACCACCUAUAUGGAUACCACCUAUACGGAUAGAAGGGAUUGAGGAUACAGCAAUCCAACAAGUCAAAAGUAAUUUGAGAUGUGCCAAAUGUUCUGAAGAUCUUUCUUCAUGUCUCCUAUCUAUAGGCUUUCUUCAGUUCUCUUCCCAACUUCAAGGCCUCUUGAAACCACUUAUAUACUUAAUCUGCAAACAUAUCAUCCAUUACAAUUGUAUUGAUAAUCCACAAAAACUAUGUUCUAUAUGUCCAUCAACUAAUAUAGAACUGGAAGAGGAAGAAGAAAUGAGUGUUGAUGGUGAAGAACAACCUGAUACCAGCAGUAAAAAACGUUCCAAUGAAGGUACGGACAUCAACUCAUCUUUACCCAAGAAGAAGGCAAAGAAAGCAGUUAAAAGAGAAGAUUCACCUAUUUUGAAAAAGCUUAUCAAGGAAUUGUCUGCUCCAAUUCCACAGCAAAGCUCUUUUGGUAGUAUUAUUUCUCUACAGACAUUCCCCAAUAUGGAUAUUAGCUUG